GCGGUAGUGGUGGGAGCGGCAUUGUAGUGGAACCAAAAAUUGGGCAAAUUGGGGGGUGAAAAGCGACCGUUGGUCACCAAACUGUUUCUCAGGUGGUAUUUCAUCUGGACAUGCACCCAGAUCCGUCGGAGAAGCCCGAUUUUGACGAAAUAUCGGACAGCCGGGAGGAGCUCGCCGGGAGCGCGUGCAGGCUCGACGAUUCCGGCGCCACCACCAGCCCGCGCUCAGCCAUGGAGCAGGAGAAGCGGAUCCGGCGCGAAAUCGCCAACAGUAACGAGCGCCGCCGUAUGCAGAGCAUCAACGCCGGUUUCCAGACACUGCGCGCCCUGCUGCCGCAGCACGAGGGCGAGAAGCUGAGCAAGGCGGCGAUCCUGCAGCAGACGUCAGACUUCAUCUACAGCCUGGAACAGGAGAAGACGCGCUUGCUGACGCAGAACUGCCAGCUGAAGCGGCUGCUGGGCCAGCAGCAGCAGGGCGCCGACUCGGACACGGCUGCCGAUAGUCCGGCGUCGGCGCGACGGAACGCCUCGCACGAGAGCGCUGAGGCGGCCAGUGACGAGCCUGCGCCGCCUCCGCCGGCCGAGCGGCCGCCCUCGCCGCCCGACGCCGAGGGGGCCGCACUGCGCCGCGAGCUGGCGGAGCUGCGCGCCCAACUGGAGCAGGAGCGGCACCACCGGCUGCUGACCGAGGACCGCCUGCGGCUGGCGGAGGCGCCGCCGCUGCCGCCGCUGCCACCACCAGGCUACACCGAUCGGCUGCACGUUGCCCCGCCGCCUCCGCUUAAGAAGCCGAAACUGGAGCGGGCGGCGUCGCCGCUGCGCCGGCCAGACGCAUCCGACUCGCCGGCCCUGGGCACGCGCCUGGAGCGUCAGACAGUGCUGCCGCCGCUGCUGCUGCCCGAGCCGGCGACCCAUCAGCUGGCGCCGGUGGAGCCGCCGCGACCGCAGCCUGUCGGACACCGGGCGCUGUAUGGCAGCUCGACGACGUCGCGGCAGAACCUGGACACGAUCGUGGAGGCGAUCCGACACCUGGAGGGCGACCACCUGUUCCAGGACCUGGUACCGGAGCCGGCGCUGGAGGUGGAGGCGCGCCUGGAGGAACCCUGAGCCGCAGGAGGCGCCGCUCGAGCUCACUACGCACGACCGCGCCGCCGCCGACGCCGCCUACCGGCCGGGCGUGAUCGUGGCCCAGCACCACACGCACCACCACGUGCUGCCGCCGCAGCACUUUCCGCACCACCAUCACCCGCAGUCGUGAGCGGCGCAGACGCGGCG